UGACAUGAACUCGAACUUACACAACAAACCAACCUCGAAACAACAUCCCCAACGGCCCUGAAUCUCAGCCCAAAGCCUCAAUCUUUGUUCUAUAUACCCUUUUUCACAGAGUCUCGCCGUCAGAUCUGCCACAAUGGCGGCAACAACGCGACCUUUCAGAAACACAGUCGACCGCCUCGACAAGCCCAGCGCAUACUACACUGCACGAAACAAACGCCGCAAUCGCGACGAAGAAGACACCCAGCCAGAAGCCCCCCAGGUCGACCCUCUCGCCAACGCCACGACCCUCUACGUGGGCAACCUUUCCUUCUACACAACCGAAGAACAAGUCUAUGCGCUCUUCUCGAAAUGCGGCGAGAUCAAGCGCCUCAUCAUGGGCCUUGAUCGCUUCACCAAGACGCCUUGUGGCUUCUGCUUUGUGGAAUACUACACCCACCAGGACGCGCUGGAUUGCAUGAAGUACGUUGGCGGGACAAAGCUGGACGAGCGCAUCAUUCGCACGGAUCUAGACCCUGGAUUCGAAGAGGGCCGUCAGUACGGACGCGGUAAGAGCGGCGGACAAGUGCGAGAUGAGUAUCGCGAGGACUACGACGAGGGGCGAGGUGGCGUGGGUCGAGCCAUCCAGGACGAGAGGAUGAGAGACUACGAUGAAGAGGGAAGAUAUGUGAGAUAAGGCAGACAGCCGACACAGUUUGCUGUCAAGGCUAUCACAUCAAGGGCAUACCCAGGAUCACUUUAUGAGCAGAUCAAUUG